GAUUUCCGUCUCACCGGUAUGCUCCACUGCCAUCAGCUCUGACGACUGGGACGAGACAUGUCCUACCACGUCACGUCAUACCUGCUGUCAUCUUCAGCUGGUCUUGCCCAAGCCUGCCUCACCGCAGGUUUAUCUGUCUGCCCGCCGGGUGCAAAGGAGUGGGUAAACAAACCCGAUGCCAUGAUUGGAGAAUCAAUUCUCGGCCGGGGAACUUGUUUGGAUCAGCACAAGGAGACCGGGUCUUUCUCUUGUGUCUCCACGACCCUUCAACUCCACUCACCUGCAGAUGGUCUCACAAAUUCCCAUACGGCUAAAAGCACCCGUACCAGCACGGCGGGUAACCCCAUCAGAUCAUCAGAUGAACUUUGUCAUCGAUCACACAGCUGGCCCUUUAAUCUUCCUCGUCCUCCCCAACGGAGUACCCGAGACACGGGGAACACAGAACACUGGGAAGAAACACGCUUUCCUUGGUCAUCCUCCCCACCUGCUUGAUAGAACUGACCGUCACUACGACAACCAUCUCACAUAACCCCCGAGAUGGGAUGUACAAAAGUACAAAUAUCUCAAAAGUACAAAUAUCUUCUUGUGGAUAUCUUGUCAACAUUAACAUUAUAGGAGGGAAGACAGGCAGCGCCAUCCAACAAGCCCGACUAUGAGCGAGCGACACGGCCGUUGGAACCCUCUUCUCCCUGCUCCUCUCCAGCCCCAUCUCAAGAGCGGUGUGUUGUGUGUGUAC